UUCUUGCUUGAGCUGGUCGAGACUUGAGAGGAGCAAGCGAUCGAAUCACGAUGGGGAAGAAGAGCAAGCAGAGCGGCGGCAAUGGCGACAAGAAGGCCAAGGCGGCGUCGACGGAGAUGCUGCUCAGGGUGGCCAUGCACUGCAAAUGCAACGGCUGCAGGGACAAGAUCCGCAGCGGCAUCAACGACCUCGCCAUCCUCUCAGGCGUGGAGGCGCUGGACAAGACGGCGGUGGAGAGCAAGGGGGAGGUCAGGCUGGUGGCCACGGCGGAGCCCGAGAAGCUCCGGCAGCGCCUCCACAAGGCCACCGGCAAGAAGGUCGACCUCGUCGUCAUCGUCCCGCAGGCCAAAGCCAAACCCGCCGAUGACAAGGACGACGUCGCCGCCGCCGCUGCCGUCGCGGCAGCCCUGAGGCAGCAGGCGCAGGCGCAGGCUCAGGCGGCCGUCCACCUCGCCCCGGCGGGCGCGUGGGCGGGCAACGGCGGCUGGAACGCCGCGGCGGUGGCGUACCCGCCGGACGCCGCCGGCUACUACUACUCGCCGUCUUACCCUGCAGGCGGCUGGGGCCCCUACGCGGCGGCGUUUCCACCUCCCGGCCAGCAGCUCGGCCAUGGCGCCUACGGCGGCGGCGGCGGCGCGGUGUCGCCAUGGUACACUCGCGGCUAGCCGCUAGCUAGCUGGCACUCCACGCAGUGUGCUAGCUGCUGCUACCAAAGUUUAUGUUUUGUAAGUAGAGAUGCAUUAUUACUACUAGUAUUAGAACAAGAUUAAGACAGUUCUAGUAUUCGUAUUUUGGUAGCUACGUACUCGAGGAAGAAGAAUAGUCGUGGUUGUCCUUUUGUUUUUGCUCACGGUUCAUGUGCACAUCACAUGGAAGUGGUGACUAGUAGUAAUUAGAAGCAAUUGUUUUGUGUUGAUUCCAUUUCAUCGUCCUCAGAGUUGAUGCUCCUAGUUUUAUUGUAUAAUCACCAUUGUAUCUGGCUUCCAAGAGCGUUCCUUACGACUAUUCUAUCUCAUCAUCUAUCUAAAAAUAGAGAAUAAAAAUUAGA